CCAAAAAUGGUAUCAUGUACUCUUAUCUUGAAAGUUUAGUAAAUUACAAAAACAAUUGAACACAUUCUUAAAUUCAACAUAGUGGAUCUAAGACAAAUAAAGGUUGAAAAUGGUUUUGUCAAUCGCUAUGUGUCUGAUCAGUUUUUCAGGUUUUGCCUGUGCCGACGUGUUUUACUCCUGCGACUACAUAAACAUAGCCAGUACCGACUGUAGCCGGUUCUCUGAUGACAUAACGUGCGGGACUAACUUGGUCACAUACAAAAACAAAUGCGAAUUCAGUAAAGCUCACUGCGCAGAUAACUCUAUUAACCUGAAACAUUACGGUCCCUGUAACGGGGCUGAUGGAACAACCUCUUCCCCAGUAGACGCGGCGGGAGCCGAAGUCGUGUUUGAUUUCAUGUGCACCAGUCUCAGUCAUAUAUCAUGUACCCCAGGAGGUUCGAAAGUCUGUGCAUCAAACGGGCGCAUCUACGAAAACUACUGUGAGUACGAGAAAGCUAAGUGUACACACCGUGAACUCAAUGUUUUAGACUGCCAGAUAUAACGGAGAGGACAACAUUGUUUCCUGUUUCUGAAUUAUAUUUUGAUAUGUUGUAUUAAUAACAGGAUACUUUUAUUAAUAAUUUGUGUCUAAAAUAUGUCAAUACAAACUUAAUUUGCUGAUAAAAUGUUUGUAAAGAUGCGUAAUUAAGAUAAGAUACUGGCCUAUAUACAACAUAGAGGGUCAUCCCAACCAAACCUCUCUCUAUAAAGCAGUAUAUCCAUAUAAAGCUACAGCAAAACCUGUUUAUAGGCCAGAUAUAAACGGAAUUUCGUUUAAUUUUUUACCUUACUAUCGCCUAUCACCAAAUUAUUUAAAUGUUAGCAGAAAAGU